GACUGCUUCAUCCUCGACUAAAUUCUGUGAAUCCAACUGCUGCUCCGUUUUCCUGUCGUUCGCUAUUUGAAUUGUUGACCGCUGUUGGAAACGUGUACCACAUGGGAUUCACUGGGUUAGUACGAUGGACAAAUGCUCCAUCGGCAGCCGCAGACCUGAUACGCCAGAACAUCAUUGUGAAUCACCAAGGCGUGCUACGGGGAAGGUGGCAAGUUGUCCUCAGCUCCUGGCGAUCCCGUUUCACAGGGGACUCGAAUGAUAUGAGGAGCCUUGAACGCCCACUAUAUACUGUGACUAUGAAUGACAACACCUUCGUGAUGCUCGAGGAUCCGGGCGCACCGAAUAGGAGCGACUACUUGAGACUCAAGGAAUCACAAGAACAAGGACAGCCUCCACAUCCAUUCGUAGCGGCGCCUCCACCUCAUUACCAUUAUACCCUUGUCACUGUGAGUCCGCCGGGUGCAUUAGAACAGCUCAUGUCCCACCUGGGCGUAGUGGGAAAACGCUGGAUACGUACUGGCGGAGAAAAAGGCCAAGGCUCUGGUCACCACCUGAACGUCGAUGGAUUGAUCUUCUCGAUUGGCAGUGACUGGCUUGUCCGCUUCGGCCAUGUCAUGUUGGGUGGCGGUGCCGUGAAGGGAAUGCUCAUCGAGGCUGAGUACUUGCCUUUGCCCGACCUGCAUACCGAAGGAGGAGAGGGUCGAUCUGAACUGCUCUCGGAUUUCCUUGCAUCUAUCAUACCCAUACUUCCGGAUUCGGAAAUCUGGACGGUCGCUGUGAGUGACGAGAUGUGGGCCGAAGUACUCGCUGGGUUCGGCGAGGAUGAUGCUGGAGAGGAGGCGGAGAGUAAGAUGGACGAAGCCGAGGAUGACCUAUUCGUCUCGCCCGAAUACCUCCCAGCUACGCGCAAGACUGACUGGUUGGGUGCCAAUAGGGACAAGCGAUCAGCGUACUUGAUACAGGGUGCCCUCAAAGGAGAAGCGUUAAUAUAACUCGCAGUGGUAGCAAAGUGGUAGUGUACGAUUAUGAUGUGGUCUGUGUUGUACCAGCGUGAGACGGACUUAGAUUGACCUUGCCAGCGCCGCAAUCAAAUUGUCAUACUGAAUUUGAAUGUGAUCGCCUUGGC